CCUGGACGUCUCUGUGAGAUGGUUGCAGUUCCAUCUAUUUAAAAUUUUUGUACCCCUUUUGCUACAGUAUUCUGACUGAUAAGUAAAGCUUUGCUGAUCUUCUUGUAGCCUUCACCUUUCUGGUGUAAAGAAAUUUUCUUUCUCCAGAGACUUUCAGUGAGGUGUAUUCAUUUUUGCAUCACCCUAAUUUUGUUCUCUAAGUUAUAUUAUUAACCUUACUUUCAUGUUAUAAGUUAAACAGAUGUUAUAUAAAACUUAGUCUUGUCAACAUUUUGGAGAUUGUUUUUGUGUUCAUUGAGAUACUGCAUAGAAUGUUACUUUUCAAUGGGGGGGGUGUACUCAUUUACGCUGAGCACUGUAUAUGCUAAUAUUAAAUGUCUGCUUGGCAGUGAAUGAAUUCUAUAUUUGAAUAACCUUAUUGUUAUGUAGCUGUUUCUAUUCACAUGCUACGUGAAUGUGAUUUGAAUAGUUUAAAGGUUUCAGUGUACAGGAUUCAGCUAAUAUGGUGAAUGUCAUUAAUCACUUAAGGACAUGUAAUGUUCAUGUGAUCUUGCAUCCGGAAGCAUCUCCUGGACUUCUAAGAAGAAGAAGCCGUUAUUUGUCACACAUACAUUUCAACACAGUACAUCACACAGGAAUCUGGGGUCAGAGCACAGGGUCAGCAUGGUGCACCCCUGGGGCAGAGAGGGUCAAGGGUCUUCUUCAAGAACCCAGCAGUGGCAGCUUGGAAGUGCAGGGUCUUGAACCUCUGACCUUCUGAUUAGUAACUCAGAGCAUUAAGCAUUUGAGCCACCACUGCCCCAAUCACAUUCCUGAACUGGUAUUCAUUGCCAUGAAUGGAAACAAUCUGCCUGAGUCUUCCAAAUCUCACCAUCCAUUUGAGGCAGCAAAUCUGUUCAACCAAGGUUUCCUAACAACCAUAUAAGUAAAAGCAGUAAUCCAGGUCUUACUGGCCAUCUUGGAAUCACAGUUAGAACUCUGUGGCCUAGUUGGUUAAUCCUGGACAGACUCAGAAUUUACUCAGGGUUUAUGGCUUCAUAACACUCUGAGCUACCAAUGAGCCAAUCCUAAAGCUCCUUUUGCAGAGUCUAAGAUGUGGCAUUUGGAGUCCAUUUGUAGGCUGAUAAACCACAUCCAGAAACAGAGAUCAUUGAUGUUGCUGCCUUCAUUAGUCCAUCUUCAACAGACAGCUGAUGGCGCAUAUCUGUUAUGAUCAUGACCAUAAUUUCUGCCACACUUUGAGAUCGUGGAAUGACUACCAUUCUUAGUGAAUCUAGCCUCAGGUCCGUGAGCUGUAUGACCUGCUUUGAAACUCUUUCCUCUGUGUUCUCUGUGAGUCUAAACACCACAUUGUGAGAGAGGAGAGUGGAUAUUUUCCAGAUGGCCUGCUCCUUGGUGUAUGCACCAGGAGCCAAGUGUCCAAAUAUGGCUGUAUCCUGAUGGCAAUGUCCAGCAGAGGAGACAAAUCCAUUUGUUUGUUGUAAACAUGUACAGUGUUACGGAAAGGGGCCAUAGAGCAGGCCUUUGAAUGAAAGCAAACUUUAUGAAACGUCUGCAUUCUCAGGCAACAGAAGCAUAAACCAGGCAGAAUUUAUGGCAGAAAUAAAGCUGCCCAGGUUGCGUCGCCAGAAGUGAUUUGUCAAUCAGCUCAUUUAUAUUUAACAUCUGCACACUGGAGUGAAAAAAGGCUAAAGUGUGUGUACAUUUUCACUAAAGCGUGCAGUAGUGAUGUCAGCAUCAAUGACGGGCAUAUGGUCAAAUCUGACUUGCUCAUUAUUCAUCACAAUGGCCAAAGCACAUGCCAAGGUGCCCAGGCACGGAUGGGUUGGAACCUACCCAAAUCCCCCAUGUUAAUAAAGACUUUGGAGCAGCAAACCCAGCCAUCACAGCUACCAUCAGAAAUGUUCAGCAGUCUAUUCUAUUCAUUGCACCGUUCAUCUGCUAAGGGAUGAAUAGAAUGACUGACCCCAGAGCUGUGAGGAGGGCAUUGUUGAGAAACCUAAAGUUACACAGCAUCAGCUCCUGGGUCAUUGAAUUCCCAGCCAUGAUGAGAGUUGGUUCAUUGAGGUGAUUCCUGCAGAGAGAAACUCUACUGCUUUUUCUCAGUCACCACUGAACCUGGGCAUUUGUGAUAGAGUGAGGGGGAUUUGGGUAGGAUUUGACUCUGGAACAGGAUUGAAAUCUACCAGCUGAGAGAUUCGGUCUGACUUAGAAGAAAUCCAGGCAGUCAGGGACUAGCUCAAUGCAGUGCAGUUAUACAGGAAAACUAACUCGAGCCUAAAGAGUGCUCCAGAGCCUUCCAUAAACAAUGCUUAUAAUAUAGAAGAAAAACACAGACUUUCACAGGUAAAAAAAAAAAAAAAAAAAAAAGGAAUGAGCGAUGGCUUUCCCCAGCUCUGGAACGUGAUUACAGCCAGCUGCUAAAUGGAUAGCAGCGUAAAUGUGUUUGAAUGUGUGUAAGAUGUAAAAAGGAAAUACCUGAGGUAUGGUAGCAGUAAAUAUAUCGCUAUAUACAGCAUCAUAACUUAAAAAUGUAGCCUUGGCAUGUGAGCACAAUUUGGUAGCUAAGUUUGACACAGCACCCUUGAUUAGAAGUGGUGAAAUAAUAGUUUCAUAGAAAUGCAUCAGGUAAUUCCAUACAGGAAGAAGGGGAUCCUGACCAGGAUAAAGCUGAAAUAACAAAAACAGUAAUAAUACCAGGACUAAGCACUGUAUAAUAAAUCUGAUGUGGCUGUUCUACAGUUUAAUACACUGUGCCCUAAUUAGUGGCAAAAAAAGGUAGGUGUAUUACAGUAAUCCCCCAUUUAUCCGCGGGGGUUACGUUCCAAACCCACCUGCAAUAAACGAAAAUAUACACCCCCAAAUGCUUUUUAUUUAAGCCGUAAAUUAGCCUCCAACACUCUUUAACCACACACAGAAAACAUUUGCAAGCAUACAGCGAGAUGAAUUUUGGGUAAAUUCGUAGAAAUAUCCCAUUUAUAGUGAGUACUGUAUGUAUGUAUGCUUCUUGCCAGAAGCCUUAGAAGGUGCAGAGUGUUUGGGCGACAUAAUAGGGCUUGCAUAAAAAACGUAAAAAUACAGCGUUCAUAGAAUAACACGAAACACUCGGGACAGUGACACGCGAAAAACUGGGAUGCUGGAGAAUUCUGCUUCCCUUUUUCCAACUGCACGCAUAGCCAGCAGCCAAUCACAACCGUGAUUAAAUGAAUGGGGCAUUCCGAUUGGCCGGACUGUAUUUUGAUUUUUCAGCAUCCCCGCACCACGCUUUCCUAAACAACGCUACGCUGUACAGUAUUUGAUAUAUUAUUAACAUUUUACUUAAUUUUAAUUAAUGUUUAUAUUUUGUAAUUAAUAAUUAUAUUUUUUAUUAAUAAAUUACCUUAUUUCAACAUAAAAACAAUUCACUAUAAGGUUUGCGGAUACCGCGAUAUCCCGGGAAAAUCCGCAAAAGAAAUUAGUUCCAAAAUAUCUAAAAAAUUCCAAAUAUGUUCCAAAUAAAAAAUCUGCGAUAUACCGGGACCACGAUAUAUGAACCGCGAUAUAGAGGGGGAUUACUGUAUAAAAUAAAUGAUGCAUAUAAAUCAAAAAAUAAAAAUAAUAGUUAUUUUUUUUUAAAGAAUUUUCAUUAGCACUGCUUUUUUUAAAUAAUAUUUUAGACAUCCAUAAGGAAUAUUUUGAAUGCAGUAAAAUUGUAGUGUUCCAUGUCGUGUUGCCUUUUAACCCUUCCCCGUUGCUCAUACAUACAUACGAGGAUGCACACAAGACUUCUGUAGAUUUCUUUGGUUCUCCAUUGCCAUUGGAAAAAAUAUGAGAAUAUGAAAUUAAUCUAUCUUUCUGCACAAAAGAGUCUGAUCGUUGCUGACCUACAUAAAUCAAGUAAUGGGUUAAUAAAACAAGAUUACAAAAGCAUGUAAAAAUACCAGUGAGCGCAAUUGUGAUGUAUACACAGUGUAUGUGAGCAUACAGUCUUCUUACGAUUUAGCUGAGUGUCAUGGUUAAUAAUCAAAUCAACACCGCUUUUGUUAAAUAAAUAAAUAAAUAAUUAAUUAAUUUUUUUUUUUUUAAAAAUGAUGGAUGUCCUACUUGAGAGCAUCCUAAAAUGCAGUGCAUGAAUUUCACAUAAAAUGAAAAGCUUUAGGUUAUUAAUGUUCCAAUGCUGCCAUGUGGUAGUAUAAUUCAGCUCAAACCUGGUUGCCUCUGCCAAAAGGUUCAAACAUAGCCACAGACUGAGCUUUCACCAUGAUGAUGAGCCAUAUUAAUGAGUAUAAAUUUAAAAUGUAUACAAAUCAGUGACUAUGAAUCAGUCUUGGGAUACUGUGGUCUGAACUAAAGAAGAAAAUCCACGUAUACCUAAGUAUAAAAUAUUCUACAUGGAGGAGUGGAAUAAGAUUUCUCUAUAAUUGUCUUUAGCUGUGUUAGUACAGGAAGAGACCCAGUGCUCUUAUUCUCUCUGGAGCCCAGAAGGGACAAAAUUAACUCCAUAUAUAUAUAUUUUUAUUAUUAUUAUAAGCAAGAGGGAGCGAGUGAUGCUGUUAAUAGCAUGAUGAUGAUGAUGAUGAUGAUGAUGAUGAUGAUGUGACUUCUAGGGUUUAGACCUACACUUCAACCCAGUGGUCGAUCAAAUAAUCACGCAAACCAAAAGCAAGUUAUAGUAAGUAUGGUGUGAUGAUGGGAAGGUCUGAAUAGCUGAUGUUUUCUUUUUCAGUUUUUUUUUUUUUUUGUUUUGUGUUCCCAAUGAAAAUAUCAGAAUGUAAUGUUGGGGUUUAGAUGGCAGAAUACAUUAAGGGGGGGAGAGACUUAUUUUCAUGCACAGCUGAAAGAGUGCAGCAUUCUGUCAGAGCGUGCAGUCUGAAAAUGGCAAAUCAGAAAAGAAGCAGUGUGCUGCCAUUAUAAGGGUCAUCAAGACAGCCAUCAUCAUCAAGGACACCAUUACAGGAAGGCAUUUAUACAUCAUCAUCAUCAUCAUCAUCAUCAUCAUCUCCUCUCUCUGCCUUUAUCAUCAUCAUCAUCAUCAUCAUCAUCAUCAUCAUCAUCAACCCCUCAUCAUGAUCAGCACAGCCAUUAUAGUCAUCAUCAUUAUCAUUAGGCUGGGUAAUCAUCCACCGAGGGUUUCUUGCAAGCCCAAUAUAAAGGCCGACUCAGGAUCUCGCACUCAUUUCCUCCGUGUGUGUGUGAGGAGAGAGCUUCAUGAGGGAGAGAGAGAGAGAGGGCCGUGUUGCAGGCAGCCAGCGUGUUCUGUGCUUGCCGUAUUGUGUAUUUGUUUCUUAUAAGGAUACUGCAACAUCUUUUAACUCCAACAGUUUCCACCUGGGUGACGAAGAGAGCUCCUCGUUCAGCCACCUCAGCAUGGAGAGUGACACCCACGACCUCCGCGCCGCUGAGAACGAGCGCGAGGGUGCGAGACCCGAGCCUGCGUUCCCUCACUACAUCUCCUGCAGAGGCUGCAAUCAGCUCCUUGAUGAGGAUGAGCACGCAUGCCUGCGCUGCUCUAAAUGCGAUGGAACCAGCAUAGGGGACAGGAGUGUCCACAUAGGAGCACAGUCUUUGCACAAAGGGGCAGAUGGAGAGGGAUCAGGACCCGAGAACGGCCAGCAGAAGCUAAACUCCUGUCCGCUCUGCGGCUUCUCGUCGCGUUACACCAACCAUGUAAAGAGGCACAUGAAGACGCACAACGGCGAGAAGCCAUACCGCUGCUCACUGUGCUCCUACGCCUCGGCGCAGCUGGUCAACCUUCAGCGCCAUUUACGCAUCCACACAGGAGAAAAACCCUACAAGUGUGAGCACUGCACGUUCGCCUGCAGCUCCCUAGGCAACCUAAAGAGGCACCAGCGCAUGCACACAGUUGCAAAUCCUGCUCACAUUACACAACAGCGAAUGCACACUGCCAUAAAUCCAGCCCAAAAUGCACACCAGAGUAUGCACGCGGUCGCAAAUCCUGCACAGAAUUCGCAGCGGAUGAUGAGCCAUAGCCUCCGAGGUCCUGUCGGAUGCCAGAGCCUAAAAGAGGACGCUCCACGUGCCUCGAGGGAAGUGCUGCAGUCUUCAGAAAUGAAAGGGAGCUUGAGCAUCGGCAGUGACAGCGGAUAUCUCAAGGCCUUUGCGAGGCUGAAGUCAGAGCAGCAGCCGUGCACCCGAGCCCCGCCUGGCAUCCUGCCUCCUCUGCUCUUCCCUUUCACGUGCAGGCUGUGUGGCCUGGUGCUGGAUGGUGAGGAUGGGUCGUCGGCGCAGAUCUGUGCCAAGUGCACCCUGGAAAUGCUGACUAAAGACGCAGCAGGCAGCGCCAGCGAGCGAGGGCACCGAGGGGACAGGGUGUACACGUGUGCCGCCUGCCCGUUCCUCACACACUACCCCAACCACCUGGCACGGCACAUGAAGACGCACAGCGGCGAGAAGCCCUACAAGUGCCCACAGUGCCCUUACGCCUCAGCCCACUUUGACAACCUGAAGCGGCACCAUCGCGUACACACGGGCGAAAAGCCCUACAAGUGCCACCUGUGUGACUACGCCUGCGGCAAUCUGGCAAACCUGAAGCGGCACCAGAGGGUUCACUCGGGUGCCAAACCUUUCCAGUGCAGCGUGUGCAGCUACAGCUGCAACCAGAGCAUGAACCUGAAGAGGCACAUGCUGCGUCACACAGGCGAGAAGCCACACAAGUGCCACGUGUGCGCGUACACCACAGGCCACUGGGACAACUACAAGCGUCAUCAGAAGAAACACGGGGCAGGAUCAGACGAGUGGGAUAAAGUGCCGAUGCCUGCCAAUGAGGAAGAGGCAGAGAUUGAUGAUGAGGAGGAGGAGGUGUAACCUAGCAACAGGAGGAACAACUGUAUUAUGAGCAGAUAUUUAAAAUUGAGAUGAAGUGUUACAGUUACCAGCAUAAGCUUAGUUCUUGUUUUGUUUUUCUCAGAUAGUUUCAAGCUGCUAAACAGACUUGUGCACAAGAUUGGAAAUAAAAAAACUGUUUCCAUUUCCUUUGUGUAGGGUUGAAUGGAUAAUUCAAGACUCUGGAUACACAGAGUGCCCUUGCUUCGUCAGUGCCAUACAGACAUUUUGUAAUGCUACCUAGAUGAAAUCCAAUUUCUCCUUCAUUGUAUAUCUUGCACGAACGUUCAUCGAUCUGCAGCACCCCAGAGCUGUACGUACUUCCUAACUGAACCCUCUGAGGCCUUUGCUGCGCAAAAAUGGAUCGGUGUUAAACCUUCACUACAUCCCUUUACAGUGCCAAAACUUCCCAAUCCCAACCACUGCAGCUGUUGCAACUCUUCAAAAUGUCAUGGUGUUGCUCCUCGGUUGUAUGUCUUAACUGUGAAAUUAUGUCUGUUGUUAAACUAGUGAGUAGUAAGUGUUAGGAUGUCAUGAUUUAUGUAAAGCACUUAUUUUUGUAUGUGUUUGUUAAACAAAAAAAAAAAAAAAAAAAAAGAAGAAUGUUUGGCAUGCAUUUGCCAUCAGUGGCAUUAACUUAUAGAAAAGGGACCAUGAAUACCAUAUGCAGUUUAUAACCUUCAGGUUGCCAAGAAACGAUCGAGUGCUCUCUUGUAAUUAUGCAGUCGUUUCAUAAUUGCCUUAAAUAUCCUGGAAUAAAAGUACUCUGUGGUGAGACUCGUCUAUGAUGUAGAAUGAAAUAAUUUAAUAGCUGAGCAAAGACAUGGAAACGCUGAACCUGCUGCUUCAUGGCCUCUUUUUAAGCAGAACAUGAUCAUGAAAAGUUACUAGUUUUCUUGUCUUUUUUUUUUUUUUUUUCUAUAGGCGUAUGGGGUCAAAGGGGGAGGGUGGAGGUGUUGAAAUGGCUCCCAGAUUGAGGUUUGGAGCACAGAUUGUGGUAGUAAACUAACCUUUGUGUGAUCAUUCAACAUCAUUAAAGUGUCUGGGGUUUUUGAACCAGCCUGCAUGAAUAAUAUACACUGCGGUUCUCCGAUUUUGUUUUUUUUUCCCCUUCCCAGGAGCGUUUUUCUACAUGCAAUAACGUGAAGCUGUCAAGGCUUCAUUGAUUUCUCAGGUGCAGCUCAUUGCAGAAUGUCAUUCUUCAGGAUUUCCCAGGAAUUAAUCACAGAAUCCUUUCCCUGCUCUAAUCAUUCACUUCCACACAGGAAGCACUGCUGAUUGGGUGAAGAGGGUGUGAGAGCAGGGAAAUGGUGCAGGAACACAAAUCACACCCCCACACCAUUCAACACUAUACAGUCCACCCAACCCCCCCCCC